AUGUCUACCACCGACACCGAAUAUGCCGUCUCCGAAACGUGGAAAGCCACAGACGGGAAAAGUCCAUCCAUCAAAGUCAUCUCCAGUGACAAUGUUGUGUUUCACGUGCCAGAGUAUCUUCUCAGGGCACACAGUGCUGUUCUCCGCGCGUUGCUUGAAGAUAUCCCUCCCCCGACCCUGAGCUCUUCAGACGACGCCCCUACCCCCUUCGAAGACCCCUCCAGGAUUUUCGAGCUCACCGAUUCCACUCUCGAAUCUGCCUCCACCCUCACCUUCUUCCUUUCUGUCAUCUCCGGCAAAGACCUCGACAUCGCUCUCGAAGAAAUCACGACCGAAGACUACGUCCUCACCUUCUACUACGCCAUGGCUCUCGCAAAGAAGUGGGACUGUGCCCUGGCGACUCAGGUGCUACGGCUGUGGUUGAUGCAGCUGGCGGAAAAGGGCAAAGCACAUGCGCACAUCAAGCCACUGGAUAUCUUUUUGAUCGCUGCCAAGUACGAUUUGCCUGAUGUCGCAGCGCGAGUCAUCGCAGUCUACAAGGUGGACCAGUCCUGCUUGACGCGUCCUUCCAGCGGUCGCUGGGCGUUCUUGCCGUCAAAUAAAGGGUUUGAGACGCAACACUUUGAAAGGUCAGCCUGGCAGGAGACGCCGGGGGCGUAUCUACACGCUCUGGCGCUCACACCUGUCUCAGUUGACUUGAACGUGAAAUGUGAUAGGUGUCGAAACCAAGGUAGAGACUACUACGGUGAGGCCCAAUGUAGCUUGAACUCAGGCGAGUUUAAAGCAGGCUUCAUACAAGUUAGUUCCUCCAAAAGGGCUGUCCAAUUUAUCGAACACCUUCAGGUCAAGUACACCAAGUAUGAGUAG